AUGGCGGGUGGCUUUCGUGGAUCUGUGGGCAGAGUCUCCUUCCCGGAAGAUCAGAAACUGACACAGGGCGUGGGAAUUUUUAUCAUCGGCUGGGUGACAGACCGCAAGGACCCCACGAACCCAGAGAGUGCAGCCUGGUUAUACAUGAUCUUGAUCUCUGUUACCCUGGCCGUGGCCGCUAUUCCAGAAGGAAUUCCUCUUUGUGUCCAGCAGGAGGUGUUGGUCCGAAAGAUUGCGGCCGUGGAGACCCUGGGCUCUGCUUCCGUGAUCUGCAGUGACAAGACGGGGACGCUGACGGAAGGAAAGAUGACCAUGGUGGGCAUGUAUGCUGCGGGCGUCACCUACGAGGUCACCGGCAAGGGCUUCGACCCUGAGGUGGGUCAAGUGCAGCGCUUGGGAUCCACAUCGAACGCUGGCAAAGACAUGGGUGUGAAGAGCAACCUGCUGACGGCUAUUCUGUGCUGCAACACGACCCUCUCAAAAGAGAAGGAUGAGGAAGGUGUCCUCAAGUGGACCCCGAAGGGAAACUCUUCUGAGGCGCCCAUUGUGGUAGCAGCCCGGAAGGUUGGCCUCUCCGAAACCAUUGCCAGCGAAUAUCCUCGAGCGCUGGAAGUACCAUUCUCAUCAUCGCGAAAGAUGAUGCUAACCGUUUCGAAGGUCAAGGGCACAGAGCUUUGCGCGGGUGGCAUGCCGCUUCCUGCAGGAACUCAGUACCUGACUGUUUGCAAGGGCGCUCCCAACUACAUUGUGGAACUCUGCAAAGAGCAGCUGAAGGAAGAUGGAAGCGUGGGAAAGAUGACCGAAGAGGACAAGAAGAAGAUCUACGAGGUUGUGGAUGGCUACUCUGCCAAAGCUCUUCGUGUACUGGCCAUUGCGGCGCGGCCUAUGUCGAGCCUGCCGUAUGACGAGAGCAAUGAGGAUAUCACCACGGACCAGAAGUUCGAAGCCUGCCGCAAAGAUCUGCGGCUUAUCGGGCUGGUGGCCUCCAUCGACCCCGAACGUGACGGCGUUCCGCAGUCGGUUCUCCAAGCACGUGGUGCAGGUAUCCGCGUGGUCAUGAUCACGGGCGACUAUUUGCUUACGGCUAUUGCCAUCGCCAAGAAUGUGAACAUCUUGCAGCCAGAAGAUGACGAGGAAGUUUCCGCAAUGGACUGUGCUCGGCUGCGUCCUGAUGGUGAGUACUUGGACAACUCGGAGAUGGACAAGCUGACUUCCAGCGUCCGCGUGUUCGCCCGUGCCAAGCCGGAGGACAAGCUGGAGAUCGUCAAGAGCAUUCAGCGUCAAGGUCAAGUGGCAGCCAUGACAGGAGAUGGAGUCAACGACGCGCCAGCUCUCAACCAGGCAGACAUUGGCGUGGCCAUGGGCAUCCAAGGUACAGAGGUUGCCAAGGGCGCUUCCGACAUGGUCUUGACAGACGACAACUUCUGCUCCAUUGUGAAAGCAGUCGAGAAGGGCCGUUCCAUCUACUCUGGCAUCCAGAAGUUCGUGGCGUUUAUCAUGUCAGUGCACAUUGCCGAGGUGAUGCAAAUCUUCCUGUGCAUCGUGGUUGGAAUUCCCGUGAUGCGCACACCUCUGCAGAUCCUUUUCCUGAUUCUUGUCACCGACCUGCCUCCUUCGAUUGCUCUCGGUAUGGAGCCAGGCGAGGCCGACAUCUUGGAGCAGCGCCCGCGACCAAAGGAAGAGCCCAUUGUCCUCAACUGGAUGUGGUUGGCCAUGGUCAUGAACGGAGGUGUUUUGACACUUGUCAUCGUGGGCGUCUACCUCGUCUCCCUCAUCAACUACUGCGAGGGUGAGAUUCUUCAGGCAAACAUCGGCCUGCUCGAAGACUUCGAGAUGAAGCUGAGCAAGGCGCAGACCGUGGCUUUCAUCUCCUUGGUGUGGUCCGAGAACAUCCGGGCCUAUAUCUCGCGAUCUUUCACAAACCACAUGUGGAAGGAUAUUUUCGGGAACAAGCACAUGCAGAAGGCCAUUGUCUUGGCGCAGAUCUGCCUCUAUGCGGCAGUGUUGACUCCCUAUCUGUCCGACAAGAUCCUCGGCCUCCGUGGCUUGGAGAUUGGCGCGUUCGGAUGGGCGCUGGCGAUCGCCGGCCCUGUGGGCUGCUUCAUCCUCUCAGAGGGGUGCAAGAUGAUCAGUGCCUACCAACUGAAGCAGUACCAGGAUUUCCUGGCAGCGAAGUUCGAAGCCUCGAAGGUGAAGGAUUCCGGAAGACCGAUGAAGGCCUCCGCGCUGAAGAACAAGAAGACGAUGGACACACCGGAAAAGUCCGCCAAGAAGGGCUGGUGCUGUUGGGCCUGGUUCUGA